AUGACUAGUCGCUAUAAUGCUGAUGUGAGUGACGAUGUGAUUACUUGGAUGAAAGAUGGAAGUCACGUUCUUACAUCAUUUGGUGGGCAGACUCAGAUCAACUUCCCAAACCCAAUCCAGACAUCAGACCAAGGAAUCUAUGAGAUCUACUAUGAUAACGAGAGGAAUCAAAAUAGAGGAGGAUUAUACCGACUCAUCGUCAGAGAAUGCCCUGCUGUUUGUAGAACCGAUGGUGGAAAUCAAUUUGGAUGGAAUUGCGAGUUUGAAUGUUCAUCCAGGGGUGGAGCAAAUAGCUGUCAUGGGAUACUGUUUUGCCUACCUGAUCCUUAUGGAUGUUCAUGUGACGUUGGUGCCCAUGGUCUUGCAUGUACCACACUAUGUACUGCUAGUACAUAUGGUCCAGGAUGUUCACAGACAUGUCACUGUGCAGGCGGUGGUUCGGCAUGUGAUAUUUAUAGUGGAAUAUGUACAGGUGGAUGUCAGACUGGCUGGUCUGGAGACAACUGUCAAAUUCCAGAUGAAUGUGAAGCCGGUUACUAUGGAUCUCAAUGCACUGAUAAAUGUCAUUGCUUUAAUGAUGAACCAUGUGAGAAACAGACUGGAGAGUGCCCUGAGCAGAAGUGUGCUCUAGGAUACAAAAUACGCAAUGACGGUGUCAAAUGUCAAGAGUGUGAAGGGGGUACCUUUGGUUUGGAUUGUCUUCAGCAAUGCCACUGUGCUCAAGAGGCUUGUGAGACGGAGAGGGGUCUUUGUAAGGGACUAUGCAUUGAUAGCUGGAUUGAACCGAGCUGCAGUCAAAGAAUAUCCAGAUUGGUUCCAGUGAGAGUGAACCCAUACCAACCAUCUAGCUUCACAUGCUAUGUUGAGGGUAUCCCACUUCCCGAUGCAUCCUCCGUUGAUCUUUACAGACGAACUGGAAGCAACAAUAACAAAACAGGAAUCACCAGCAGAUCAAGCACUGUCUCAGGGUCAGAACGAGCUGUUAUCUUUGAUGUUGAUAGUGUGUACCCACAGGAAGAUGGGGGAUACGAGUGUACUCUUACUGUUGGAAACACAGGCUAUCCCAGUACGCCAAUUACCAACCCAACCUAUGUUUUGCCAGUCAUUGAGAACGUACCAGUGAUAGUGGGUACCACGUCAACUACAGUAGGUCUUCGAUGGAAUGCAUGGUCUGAAGAUGAUGAUAUAGGUGAUCCUCCUCUGGUAGGAUAUGAUGUCUUUGUCGAGAAGGAUGGUGCCUGGGUAACGGAUCAGAGAGUAGACCAACUCACAACAUCAGCCAUCGUUAGUAACCUGACACCCGACACAGAUUCCAGGUUUCGUGUAGCAGCAGUGAGGGAAGGAACAGGUGGAACAGGACCUGUGUCUCCUAGCAACAGCAUAAUAACCCGCUGUAGAAAACCCAGUGCUUCUCCAACUGGACUACAAGUUUCAGCCAUCAACCCUAAAGAGCUAGAGGUGAUAUGGGAGCACCUCCCCUCGGAAUCAGCAGAAUGCAGGAGUGGAGUGACCAAUUAUAUGAUCUACUAUGCUCCCUCUGGAUCAACUUCUUCAAGCUCUAUCCUGGUUUUUCGUGACACUAGCUCCUACACGAUAAGAGGGUUAGAUACCUAUCUGGACUAUAUUAUUCAAUUGACUGCAUCAAAUAAAGACGCGGAGAGUGACAGGAGCAGUGAGACUAUCGGCAAAACACUUGAAGAAGUCGCGCCUGCUCCUAUCCAUGUGGCUAUACCCCAAAGUACUACAAGCUCCUUCACUGUAUCCUGGUCUACUCAUCUACCUUCUAACAUCAAUGGUAACAUCCAGAAGUAUAUCAUCCGCUACCAGCAGACUGAUCCCGUACUUGUUGAUGGUGACUAUAAGUCAGAGGAAGUAUUGAACGGUGCGUUUGAAGGAGAGCAUACUGUGGUAGACCUACCCCGUGAAAUCAACUAUACAGUUCAGAUCCAAACUAUCAAUGGAGCUGGUUCUAGCAAUUGGUCCGAACCAGUGAAUGCAAAGACCAUCCUCUCAGGUGAUGAUAAUGGUUCCAGGAAACCGCUAAGUGCUGUGAUAGGGGGUGUGAUAGUAUCCAUCGUUCUCAUCGCAAUACUACUAAUUACUUUGGUGAUGUAUAGAAGGAUCAAACAAAGACGUUUAGAGACUGAACCAGCCGCGUCCCCACCAAACAAUGCACGUGAGACCUCAUCAAAGUAUGAGAACCCUGUAUUUGAUGACUCAAAGCAAGACCCCAAUACAUACGAAGACUUGAAUGCUGAUACCCAUACCUACCAAGAUCUCAAUACAGAUACCCCAAACUACCAGAAUCUUACCGACCCCCAUACGUAUCAAGAUCUAAAGAAACCCAACACCGACGUUACCUAUCUAGAAGCCAUAACAUCAGAUACGGGAGACACUUACGAAGAAAUAUAGAGACAGCCCUAGCGAGGCAGAGGCUUGGGUAUGGUGCCAGCAUUGAUACAUGCUGAAUCAACAAUAAU